AAACGCUUUUUCCUCCAAUCAGCUUUAAUCGGCUGCAGUCUCUCUCGGCCGCUCUCCUUUUCUUCACCACACUUCCAUGCUGAUCUAAUUAUUGGUUUCCAACAUCUCUCCCACCUGAUCCCUCUCCUCCCCAACCUUCUGAGGCCUCUCGAGUGAACCAAAAUUCUGAUGGGAUGAAGCCUGAUCAGCCAUGAGUUGCACCGGCGAUGGCAUUCUUUCCUUCCAAUUUCAUGCUUCAAGGGCCUCCGCCGCCGGCGCCGCCUCAGCCGCCACAGCAGCCGUCCUCCCACGAAGAUCACGACCACCAUCCUCCCACCAAUCUCUCCCAGCUCAUGCCCACAUGCACUCCCCAAGAUUUCCAUGGUGUGGCGUCGUUCCUGGGGAAGAGAUCCAUGUCCUUUUCAGGGCUGGAGUUGUGUGAGGAGAUGAACGGAGAAGACGAUCUGUCAGACGAUUGCUCCCAAACGGGGGAGAAGAAGAAGCGGCUCAACAUGGAGCAGGUGAAGACUCUGGAGAGGAACUUCGAGUUGGGAAAUAAGCUUGAGCCGGAGAGGAAAAUGCAGCUGGCCAGGGCUUUAGGCUUGCAGCCGAGGCAGAUCGCCAUAUGGUUCCAGAACAGGAGGGCUAGGUGGAAGACGAAGCAGCUGGAGAAGGACUAUGAUCUCCUCAAGAAGCAGUAUGAAGCAGUCAAGGCCGAUAAUGAUCUCCUCCAAGCCCAAAACAAGAAGCUCCAAUCUGAGAUCAUGGUGCUGAAGAAGAACAGAGACGCAGAGCCCAUCAAUCUGAAUAAGGAGACAGAAGGGUCGUGCAGCAUCAAGAGCGAGAACAGCUCCGACCUCAACUUGGACAUAUCCAAGGCAGCAGUGGACAGCCCAAUAACUUCACACGCCUUGAGACCCGUUUACCCUCCAAUGAGGCCGGGAAACGUCGUGCAGUUCCUUCAGGGACCCUCAAGAUCGGAGCUUCCAAACCAGAAAUUCAUGGCCGGAGCCGGCGCCGCUGCCGCCGACGAAAAUGCAGUCCAGGAGGAACCCUUCUGCAACAUGUUCUGCACAAUGGAUGAUCACUCUGGCUUCUGGCCGUGGACUGAUCACUUCCCACGCAGCUUUCACUGAGUGCAUCCUCGCAAACUGCGACUCCCCUAUUCCUUCUUUUUGCCUUUCCCUCUUCUUCUUCUUCUUCUUCUCCACUUAUUCUGGUCUGCUGUAUUCAUGUCUAGUUGGUGUAUAGAGAAAAAAAAAAACAUUCUCGAUUUUCAAUUGCUUCCAGGUAGGACUUGAAGAAAAGCAGAAAAAGGUGAAGAUGGUAUGCUUCUCUUCUGAAUCAAAUGCUUCAGCUUUAGUUUUGUGA